UUUCUGACUUGUCACCUCCUCCAAACCCAUUGAAUGAGAAUUCAGAGGAGGCAUGAAGAGAGGGCGUGAGGACUCAAGGAAAUGAGAUCCACCCAUUUUCACCUCCUACCUUUCCUCUUCAGUGCUGAAUGACAGCCAGUCUGUUGUAUCUACAGCCUGUGUUCAGUGAGCGUCUGGUCUGCAGCUGCCACUGACAGACACUACCAGUCAGUCUGUUGUAUCUACAGCCUGUGUUCAGUGAGCGUCUGGUCUGCAGCAGCCACUGACAGACACUACCAGUCAGUCUGUUGUAUCUACAGCCUGUGUUCAGUGAGUGUUUGGUCUGCAGCUGCCACUGACAGACACUACCAGUCAGGAUGAGGUGGGCUGUGUGGACCCUGAUCUGCUGUUCCUGGACUACACAUGGGCUGAUCAGGAUCCCCCUGCGUCGGAUGCUCUCUGUGCGUACUCAGCUGAGAGCCUCCAAUCGCCUGGACGACUUCAUGAGGGACCACCAGCCUGAUAUGUUCAACCGGAGGUACGCCCAGUGUUACCCCCCUGGCAUCCCCUCUCUCAGGCUGGGUAAGAGCAGCGAGAGGCUCUACAACUUCAUGGAUGCCCAGUACUAUGGACUGAUCAGCCUGGGUACCCCGGACCAGAACUUCACCGUAGUGUUUGAUACAGGAUCGUCUGACCUGUGGGUCCCAUCCUCUUACUGCGUCUCAGAGGCCUGUGGCAUGCACCGCAAGUUCAAGGCCUUUGAGUCCAGUACGUUCAACCACGACGGCAGGAUGUUUGGCAUCCACUAUGGCAAGGGACACAUGCUGGGCAUCAUGGGCAGGGAAGUCCUCAAGAUAGGCAAGAUGACGGUGCAAAACCAGGAGUUUGGAGAGUCGGUGUACGAGCCAGGUUUUGUCUUCGUCAUGGCUAAGUUUGACGGGGUGCUGGGUUUGGGGUACCCCUCCCUGGCUGAGGAACUGGGGACACCCGUUUUCGACAGCAUCAUGAACCAGAAGUCUGUGGACCAACCCAUCUUCUCCUUCUACCUCAGCAAGAGUAAGAUGCCAAGAGACCCAGGGGGAGAGUUGCUGCUAGGAGGGAUGGACGAGGCGCUCUACAGUGGACCCAUCAACUGGAACCCUGUUACCCUGAAGAGCUACUGGCAGAUCAAGAUGUCCAGUAUCCAGGUCCAAGGAGCCUUGACUUUCUGUCCCCACGGCUGUCAGGCCAUCAUUGAUACAGGCACGUCUCUCAUCAUCGGCCCCACCCGUGACAUCCUCGCUCUACAACAGCUGAUAGGAGCUACCCCCACCUCCAUUGGAGAGUACCUGAUUGACUGCGCCCGGCUCUCCAGCCUGCCCCAGGUGACCAUCAUGCUCAACGGGGUGGAAUACGUGCUCACUGCUGAGUCCUACGUCAGAAGGGAGAUGAUGGGUGAUCAUGAGAUCUGUUUCAGUGGGUUCCAGGGGGAGGAUCUGCCCUCCACGACGGAUCCUCUGUGGAUCCUAGGGGACCUGUUCCUCUCUGAUUACUAUAGCAUCUAUGACCGGGGACAGGACAGGGUGGGCUUCGCUAAGGCCAGACACACACGCUAUACAACGUUGGAUGCAGAGAUGGAUAGAUAGAUGGAAGGGUAAAUGGAGCAAUGGAAGUAGGGAGUGAUGGAUGGAUGGAGGAAUGGACAGAGGGAGAGAUAGAUGGAUGGAUGCAUGGAUAGAUGGAUGAUAGAAGGAGGGAUGAAGUGAGGAAGGAAGGAAGGAAAGAAGGAAGGAUAGUGAUUGAAGAGUGGAUGAAGCGAUGCAUGGAAUCACCAUGCUUCACCUCCUGUCAUCAUCACUGAGACAGAAGUGCUUCAUGGAAAAGGCUGAAAGGCUGUCUGUCUAUCGUUAUCAGUGUCUGUCUGUCUAGCAUUAUUAGUGUCUGUCUGUCUAGCAUUAUCAGUGUAUGUCUGUCUAGCAUUAUCAGUGUAUGUCUGUCUAGCAUUAUCAGUGUCUGUCUGUCUAGCAUUAUCAGUGUCUGUCUGUCUGUCUAGCAUUAUCAGUGUCUGUCUGUCUAGCAUUAUCAGUGUCUGUCUGUCUGUCUAGCAUUAUCAGUGUCUGUCUGUCCAACAUUAUCAGUGUCUGUCUAGCAGGAUCAGUGUCUGUCUGUCUAGCAUUAUCAGUGUCUGUCUAGCAUUAUUGGUGUAUGUCUGUCCAGCAUUAUCAGUGUCUGUCUGUCUAGCAUUAUCAGUGUAUGUCUGUCUAGCAUGAUCCGUGUAUGUCUGUCUAGCAUUAUCAGUGUAUGUCUGUCUAGCUUUAUCGGUGACUGUCUGUCUAGCAUUAUCAGUGUCUGUCUGUCAAGCAUUAUCGGUGUCGGUCUGUCCAGCAUUAUCAGUGUAUGUCUGUCUAGCAUUAUCGGUGUAUGUCUGUCUAGCAUUAUCAGUGUCUGUCUGUCUGUCUAGCAUUAUCAGUGUCUGUCUGUCUAGCAUUAUCAGUGUCUGUCUGUCUGUCUAGCAUUAUCAGUGUCUGUCUGUCCAACAUUAUCAGUGUCUGUCUAGCAGGAUCAGUGUCUGUCUGUCUAGCAUUAUCAGUGUCUGUCUAGCAUUAUUGGUGUAUGUCUGUCCAGCAUUAUCAGUGUCUGUCUGUCUAGCAUUAUCAGUGUAUGUCUGUCUAGCAUGAUCCGUGUAUGUCUGUCUAGCAUUAUCAGUGUAUGUCUGUCUAGCUUUAUCGGUGACUGUCUGUCUAGCAUUAUCAGUGUCUGUCUGUCAAGCAUUAUCGGUGUCGGUCUGUCCAGCAUUAUCAGUGUAUGUCUGUCUAGCAUUAUCGGUGUAUGUCUGUCUAGCAUUAUCAGUGUAUGUCUGUCUAGCUUUAUUGGUGACUGUCUGUCUAGCAUUAUUGGUGUCUGUCUGUCAAGCAUUAUCGGUGUCAGUCUGCCCAGCAUUAUCAGUGUAUGUCUGUCCAGCAUAAUCAGUGGCUGUCUGUCUAGCAUUAUCAGUGUAUGUCUGUCCAGCAUUAUCAGUGUCUGUCUAGCAUUAUCAGUGUAUGUCUGUCUAGCAUUAUCAGUGUCUGUAUGUCCAGCAUGAUCAGUGUCUGUCUAGAAUGAUCAGUGUCUGUCUGUCUAGCAUUAUCAGUGUAUGUCUGUCUAGAUUUAUCAGUGUCUGUCUGUCUAGCAUUAUCAGUGUCUGUCUGUCUAGCAUUAUCAGUGUAUGUCUGUCUAGCAUUAUCAGUGACUGUCUGUCUAGCAUUAUCAGUGUAUGUCUGUCCAGCAUUAUCAGUGUCUGUCUAGCAUUAUCGGUGUAUGUCUGUCUAGCAUGAUCAGUGUCUAUGUCCAGCAUUAUCAGUGUCUGUCUAGAAUGAUCAGUGUCUGUCUAGCAUUAUCAGUGUCUGUCUAGCAUUAUCAGUGUAUGUCUGUCCAGCAUGAUCAGUAUCUGUCUGUCUAGCAUCAUCAGUGUCUGUCUGUCUAGCAUUAUCAGUGUAUGUCUGUCUAGCAUGAUCCGUGUCUGUCUGUCUAGCAUUAUCGGUGUCUGUAUGUCUAGCAUUAUCAGUGUAUGUCUGUCCAGCAUUAUCAGUGUAUGUCUGUCCAGCAUUAUCAGUGUCUGUCUAGCAUUAUCGGUGUAUGUCUGUCUAGCAUUAUCAGUGUCUGUAUGUCCAGCAUUAUCAGUGUCUGUCUAGAAUGAUCAGUGUCUGUCUAGCAUUAUCAGUGUCUGUCUAGCAUUAUCAGUGUCUGUCUAGCAUUAUCAGUGUAUGUCUGUCCAGCAUGAUCAGUGUCUGUCUGUCUAGCAUGAUCAGUGUCUGUCUGUCUAGCAUUAUCAGUGUAUGUCUGUCUAGCAUGAUCCGUGUCUGUCUGUUUAGCAUUAUCGGUGUCUGUAUGUCUAGCAUUAUCAGUGUAUGUCUGUCCAGCAUUAUCAGUGUAUGUCUGUCCAGCAUUAUCAGUGACUGUCUGUCCAGCAUCAUCAGUGUCUGUCUGUCUAGCAUUAUCAGUGUCUGUCUGUCUAGCAUUAUCGGUGUCUGUCUGUCUAGCAUUAUCGGUGUAUAUCUGUCUAGCAUUAUCAGUGUCUGUCUGUCCAGCAUUAUCGGUGUCUGUCUAGCAUUAUCAGUGUAUGUCUGCCCAGCAUUAUCAGUGUCUGUCUGUCCAGCAUUAUCAGUGUCUGUCUGGUAUCUUUUGAGAAUAAUUCAUGCAUUUCCAUUCUACUAAAGUUAAUAAAUAAUUGUUUUAAUGCAA